AUGAUGUGGGGAAUAUUUGGCUGGUUUGGCCUCAUUACGGUAAUUGUAACGGGUUUAUUUGGCGUCGGAUGGUAUUUAUGUUUACUUACAUUUUUGUUAACGUUUCUCAUUGGAGUACUGACCGUGUUAUAUUUCAAUUAUGAUCAGAAAAAAAUAUUUUCUGUUGAUUUGGAGAGUCUUGAUGAUCCUUUACAAGAAAUCAGUUUUUCCAUCAGUUUGCCUAAGGUUAUUGAUUUGUUCAAACAAAACACAACAUUACCAAAAUUUGAUAACAGAAUCACAGGAAGUGAUACAGUAGAUAUAUUUAUUAAUGAAAUCAUCACUAUCAUUGUAAAUGAUUAUGUGACUCCAUGGUAUGAAAUUCUGACAAACGAUGAAGAGUUUACCACACAUGCCAUAAAACGAUUGGUGCUGGCCACUGGUGUUAAUGUAGCAAAUAGAGUAAAAAGUGUGGAUUGGAUCCACAUAUUAGCAACUAGAUUUCCUGAGGAAAUAACCACUCAUUUGAAACUUUUCAAGCAAUCUAGAGUACGAUUAAAGCACAUACAACUGUUAAAUGGUAAAGAUGUAUCCAAUGGGAACUCUAAGCCAAGUCCAAAGAAGUAUGAUGAAAAAAAAACGCACAGAAGAAAUAAAAGCGACACUGAUCUAUCAUGGCCACCAGAUUCUCAAACAUUUGGGAAAUCAAAAUUUUAUGAUAGCACAGAAAAUAUAAGUGAGAAAUCUUUAACAGAAUUGUUUUUUGACUUAGAAUGUUCAAUAGAAAAUAGACAAAUAUGUAGAGAUAUAUUUUGUACUGAUGCAGAAAAAGAAUACGCAUUAAUAUGUGAAAUAUCAGAAGCAGUAUUAUACUUGGUAACCCCAGAAGAAGUAUGGAAGUGCCAUGCAUUGAAGUUGAUUCUUAUUGACCUACUAUCAGCAGUUGUAUUAAGGCCAUUGAUCAAUUUAUUGAGUGACCCGGACAUCAUAAAUAGAACUAUUAUCAGAACUUGCUGUCGUGAUUCCAGCCUACCUUCAGAAUUGUUCCUAUUAGUUAUAAGAUGUUGCGGUGAUGCUGAGGAAUUAGACGCUACAUUAGAACUAGUUCAGAAGGACAUACAGAAACUUCAUUCUAGAGAUAGUGCUGGUGAAUGGGAUAUACAGGAUCGUCAAAAGUUAUCAUCGUUACAAUAUUUAACUAGGAUAAUUCAAGCUAGGAGAGCAACUUUGGGACCACAGGAAGGUGCCACAAGUAAUAGUAGUACGGAGAAAAUGACUGAAGAAGUAGAGAGAUCAUUGAAAUUUUUGAGAGCUACUACCAGUUGGAGAUCUAGCGCUCAAUACUUAUUAGAAAUAGAGCUGAGUGAAGCAGAUUCGGCCCAUAGUUCCAAGGCAGUUAUAGAUAAUCUUCGAUCGUCAGCAUUAGAGCUAUGUGAUCUUUUCUUGGCGCCUAAUAGACCGCCUAUCAUGGGUAUACCAGAAAACUGUUAUUCGGAAUUAGUGCGCAAAAUCAACACAGAGGGAGAUGAUUUUACGAAUAAUCCUGUGACAUGUUUCGAUGACGUUCAGAAAUAUGUAUGCGACGCUCUAGAGGAUGAUCCUUCAUGGCAAGCCGACUUUAUGAUGGACGCGGAAGAGAAUAAUGUCGACAAAAACAAUACGGAAUGUAGGAAAGAGGAGAAAAGUGAUAAGAAAUAUAGUGGAGAGUUUAUGACAGUACCAGGGACCAGACAUAACAGAUCACGGUCAGAUAUAGUUGGUAAUUUCGCUGAGAGAUUAAUUAAUGAAAGCGCAGGUCCGUCUAAUUUGACAUCGGCGAAUGCUAGUAAUUUAUCACUUUCGCAUUCGGAAAUUAGUCGCAGUACUAAAAACAUGAUAUCGCCUCUGUCUGUCUGUAUUAUUGAAACUGCUCUUGUACAAGAUAAAGGACGAAGUUUUGGCAUAUACGCAAUAGCUGUUACGAGGCAAUCUGACAACGAAGUCUGGCACAUUUACAGAAGAUAUAGUGACUUCUAUGAUCUGCACACUUCGAUCAAAGAAAAGUGGCCCGAGUUAGCUAGUAUUCCAUUUCCAGCGAAGAAAACCUUUCAAAACACUUCCCGCUCAGUUCUGGAGAGUCGCAAGCGGAUGCUGAACAGCUACCUCCAAACGUUAGCUAAUCUCUCUCAGAAAACUCAAUACAUGAGCCUUUUAUCUCCAGAUUAUUUGGGUGGUUUCUUGAGUCCUGAAACGCAGGCGGAGAAACAUAUUAAUGCCUUGGAUGUGCUCUUUGUGAAUCCAUUGAAAGCUGGCAUGAGAACUUUAAAGAAUAUGCCAGAUCAAUUUGCUAACACCGUGGAUGGUGUGAUGGAUGGUAUUUCCAAAGUGUUCCAAGGGAAGAGCGGCGAGACUCCUUACGACGGUUUGAAAAGUGGUAAUUCUUCCGAUGGUCAGGAUGACGGCGAUGAAAGUAUGGCGUUACGGUUACUAGAAGAAGUGCUCAGUAUCAGAGGGCUGUGGCUUCGUCGGAAAUUACUAGCACCUCUAAGAACUCUUAUAGCAGAUAGAGUGAACAAGAAAGUCUUCGAUUUAGUGACUUCGUUAACCUCACCUAGGAAUAUUGUGCAGUAUUUGAAAUCAUUUAAGCAAUGGCUAACGAAUAGACAUAACACUAACUACACCAAUAGAGACUCGUCAACGAAGGCUCGUACGAGGGUGGCUGCUAAAGUUGCACUUCUGUCGGCAUGUUCAGAUGAGCUGCGUCAUAUGGUGGGGUCAGAUACAGCGCGUCGCGGUCUUCUAACAGUUUUUGAUCUAUGUCAAACGCAGGAGAUCAACAAACGGCUCAUAUUUGUGCUGUUAGAAGUGAUAAUGACUGACUUGUUCCCGGACAACAAAGUUCAAGAUCUAUUUAGGAGAUUAUAUACGAAUUCACCUCGAGUACCCGCAGCUAAGAAAUCUGUGAAUAUAUGA